UUUAAUGCAAGUCUCGGCAUCAUCACAUCACAACAUUGAUCCAUCAUCAAGUUCCUUGCCAUGUAUGAUGAUCAAACUUGUUAAAACCAUUGUCUAACCUCAAAAGUACUUGAUGCAAUGUUUUAGUGACAAGGCAAGCUUGUACAAUGACAGACUCCAUGAAACUCAUCAUUUCGGACCUUUGUCACGGAAUGCGUGAUGCGGUUUUGGGGGCGCUCUUCAUCUUUCGCGUCGAUGCCGAGAUUAACGCCUUGGCUGAGGAGAAGAAACGACGGCAAGAAGAGAAGAGAAGAGAGACUCAAAGGAGACCGAUUCCUGUGCGAGAGAAAAAAGAAAGUGAGCAGAAAGUAAUGCAACGCAUCCUACAAUGUUGUUUGUUGAACGGCGGAGUGUUUUGGCUCAGCAUUGUGGCCUUCAACAGUCUGGUCCUACCGACGUUACAAUUCACUACUCAGAGUAUACUUGGUAUUUCAGGUCAGUCUUUAUCGAACACCACAGUCUGGGCUUGGAUGGGUCCAAUGAUGUCCUACACAUUCAGCGCACUCUGGGUUCUUCCUCUCUUUGUGCUAAGCAGAGCAGUAAGCAGUCUCUGGUUUCAGGACAUUGCCGAUGCAGCGUACCGGAAGUCCCGCGGCCGUCCUCAACUUCCUAAUCUCAGUGAACUUAUUGCUGAUUUAUUGUUCAGUGUAAUCGUACAGGCUCUCUUUCUCAUACAGAGUAUGCUGGUGAGCCUUGUCCCCAUACCGGGCGUGGGUCAAGUCUUGAGUCUACUUCAUCUGUGUCUUCUAAACUCACUUUAUGCUUUUGAGUAUAAAUGGUUCAAUAUGGGUUGGAAGGUCCAUCGACGGCUGUCGUUGAUCGAACUCAACUGGCCGUAUUUCUUUGGUUUUGGUCUCCCAUUGGCCGUCCUGACGUCUUUACCAUCGUCCUACGUCAUCAGAGGAUGCCUCUUCUCUAUUCUCUUCCCAUUGUUUAUCAUCAGCGGAAAUGAAGCUGUUACACCAAGCCAACCAUGUGAUUUUCCACUCCACAUCUUCUCCUUGGUAGUGGAGAUUGCCAACAGGAUGUUUCACCGGACCGUCCACAGACCUAAAACAAGUCGGUAAUUGACGGUACUCUCCUUGAUAUUAUUUUGUUAUAUCAACAAUCAUGGGCAAGUUCGAUCAGCGGCCAUAUCAACAAUCAUGGGCAAGUUCGAUCAACAAUCAUGGGCAAGUUCGAUCAACAAUCAUGGGCAAGUUCGAUCAACAAUCAUGGGCAAGUUCGAUCAACAAUCAUGGGCAAGUUCGAUCAGCGAAACAAUCAUGGGCAAGUUCGAUCAGCGACCAUUUGUCAACCACUAGUCACUGUUUCUAUGCAUGAAAUACAUCCUGGAUGCCUGGCAAAAUGGCCCAAUGGUCGACAAUAUUCAUUAUUCAACUACAGUCUCUUGAUUGAACUUGCUUCAUGCUAACUGGGGUGAUGUAUCAACUAAACGUCCACUGAUCCACUAUUGAUUGAAUCUGUACUGAGGUGUGUGGAUAUCAACAACUAGGCUGAUGUUUUAGCUCAAUUGUUAUGAUGGACAAUUGGAUCAUCCACAGACCUAAAAAUAGGCGGUAAUGCAGGUAUAGUCUGUGACAUUGUUUUUAUAUCAAUUACCAUACUGACUGAGGUGGUGUAUCAACUAAGCAUUCAUCGGUCCACAAUAAGUUGAUAGAAUCUGUAUUUGUGGAUGUGUGUGGAUAUAAACUUCUGGGCUGAUUGUUUUAGCUAUGUUUUAAUGAUGGACCACUAUACCGCAAUUGUCCACUGACACUUUUUUAGUUGAUAAACACUUUCAAAGUUUAGGAAGUGAUUUUUAUAUCAACAACUACGCAGACCGGCAUGUGGUGUAACAAUAGUUAGUCAGAAACGACCUGAUUUGAAGUGAUGUAGUUGUAAAGAAAGCGGACACUUAAUAUAAAUGAAAUAGAUGCAUAGAUGCAUUGGGGAGAAAAAGGUGGAAAGAAGUGUGUUUUGGGGGGUAGGCGGCGGUUUUUUUAUAUAUUUUUUUGUUUUAUUAAUUAAUUGGAAUUGGGCCAUUAGAAGACACUGUACAUUUCAUAAGAUUUGUGAACAUUAAAAAAGAGAUGUUUUUCACUAGAAAGUUUAAGAGUGUCACCAAAGAAACUGGACAGGAGUAAAGCUCUUUUUUUAACCUCAAACUGUUAUCAACAUAAAUAUAUUUGAAGUAAUAAUAAUGAUAAUAAACAUUUAUAUAGGGCCAAAUCCAUUAAAAAUGCUCCCAGGUGCUUUACAACAACAAAAAAGUAGCAAUGAAUAUGAACUUUAGGUGUGUUUUUGCAAGGUUGUUGAUAAACACUGGCAUGUGUCAAUUGCUACCUGCAAACAUAAAUAUUUUUUUUAAUAAAAGGUAGAUUACUUCAUUUACCAGCAAUAAAAUAAUAACAAUUUACACAUUAAGAAGUUAAAUUAACACUUAAUUCCUGCCAAAACAGUUGCACUAGUGUUUUUUUAAACCCUUUUAAGUUAACUUUGAUUCUCUCCUGGGUAUCUAUUAUACAAAAAAGAAAUAUAACAUGGUUUAUUUCGGGUGACUAGUCUAUAUUAGCUCCCCGAGGUAUUGGAAGUUG